AGACUCCUCUCUCCGUUAGACUCGCUUUACUACAUUUCCUUUUAAGUCAUUUUGUAAUUUUCUUACACAAUCCAAAGCUACUUUCCUAUGUAGUCGUUUUAGUUUCAUUUCUUUAACUUUCUGUUUGACACAAAUUCCCUUUGUCAAUGAAUUACGGCUAUAGGAUUGACAUUAGGGAAACAUACUUUAUACAUUUUCAAGACGUAUUACGAUUUGAAAUACGUAUUUAUUCACUUAAAAUCCUUUCCUUUUGACCAUAUCAAUGCUUGUACGUCAAUCACUCCAGGCCAGUAAUACUUUCUUCCUCUGAACUCAUUUGUUGUACAAGCAGCUGCUGCACCAUAGCUAUAUUAGCCUAUAGGGCCACAUGCUGUAUACACUUUAGUUGAUUUGGACAAAAAAAAAACUGCCAAAUGUAAUUUAAAAUGUAUAUCUGUCUAUAUGCAGUAGAAUACAAGGCAGUGAAAUACAGGGUUGUCUUUGUCUCUGCAGGUACUAGCCUUAAACUUUCCCAACGCUGUAACUGUUGGUGCACUAUGGUGAUCAUGACUGAGAGCAGCCAGGGGGCUCAGUCCAGCCCUGCCCAGGGAAGACCCCUGCAGGUCGGCUUCUAUGAGAUCAUCCGCACCCUGGGGAAGGGAAACUUUGCAGUGGUGAAACUGGCCAAACAUAAAGUCACCAAAACACAGGUGGCUAUUAAGAUCAUUGACAAGACCAGACUGAACCCCUCCAACCUGGAGAAAAUUUACAGAGAGGUGCAGAUUAUGAAGCUGCUAAACCACCCCCACAUCAUCAAACUCUACCAGGUCAUGGAGACCAAAGACAUGCUGUACAUUGUGACAGAGUAUGCGAAGAACGGAGAAAUGUUUGACCACCUGACCUCAAAUGGCCGCAUGAGUGAAGAUGAGGCACGGAAGAAGUUUUGGCAGAUUCUUACAGCCGUGGACUACUGCCAUCGACACCACAUCGUUCACCGUGACCUAAAAACCGAGAACCUGUUGCUGGAUGCCAACAUGAACAUCAAACUGGCUGACUUUGGAUUUGGAAACUUCUACAAUGCAAGGGAGCCUCUGUCGACAUGGUGUGGCAGCCCGCCUUACGCUGCCCCUGAAGUGUUUGAAGGGAAAGAGUAUGAGGGACCACAGCUGGACAUUUGGAGCCUGGGUGUGGUACUUUAUGUUCUUGUCUGUGGCUCGCUUCCAUUUGACGGACCCAGCCUUCCUGCACUCAGACAGAGAGUCACAGAGGGACGAUUCAGAAUCCCUUUCUUUAUGUCUCAAGACUGUGAAAACCUGAUCCGUAAGAUGCUGGUGGUAGACCCAGCCAGGAGGAUCAGCGUGGCCCAGAUCAAGCAGCACCGCUGGAUGCUGGCAGACCCAACAGCUGCCCACCAGACCCUUAGCCAUUCCCUGACAGAGUACAACUCCAACCUGGGGGACUACAGUGAACCAGUGUUGGGCAUCAUGAACACACUGGGCAUCAACCGCCAGAAGACUAUCGAGUCUCUACAGAGCAGCAGCUAUAAUCACUUCUCUGCUAUCUACUACCUGCUGCUGGAGAGAGUGAGAGAGCAUCGUACCCAGCAGCUGAGCCGCCAGUGUGGGACCUGGAGCCAGAGACCCAGGAGCACCUCCGACUCCACCGGCCCAGAGGUGAUCAUGGAGUCCACCGACACCUUUAGAACCACAGCAUUUUCAAUUCCACCCAAAAGCACUCCUCCAGUGUACCCGGAGAUGGAGUAUGACCAAAGUGGAUUGUUCCAGCGUGUGGUGUUUCCAGUGGAGGCCAGUCUGAACAGACUGCUGUGGAACCGCUCCAUUUCACCCAACAGCCUGCUGGAGACGAGCAUCAGCGAAGAGGUGCGACCCAGAGACCUGGAGGAGGAGGAAGCAACACAAACUCACGGGCCUCUGCUCCCUCCCACCACCACCUCCCGCAGACACACCCUGGCCGAGGUGUCGGCCAGUUUCCACCAGUGCCACCCUCCAUGUAUUGUGGUCAGUCCCUCAGAUGGUGCCUCUUCUGACGGCUGUCUGAAGACCUCAUCCUGUCCAGCCCCCACUUUGCAGGCGUCUAGGGGUGAGAUGUCAACACUUCUGGCCUCUUGGACUGAGAGUGGAGCUCUGCUGCCUGCUGGAGCUCCCCUGACCCUCUCCUCCCACCUCCUGCCCCAGGCCCAGGGCAGCCUGCCUGCUGCCAGCUUCCAGGAGGGCCGCAGAGCCUCUGACACCUCCCUCACACAAGGCCUCAAAGCUUUCCGCCAGCAGCUGAGGAAAAACACACGCACUAAAGGGCUCUUGGGAUUAAAUAAGAUUAAAGGUCUGACGAGGCAGGUAUUUCCUCCGCUCUCUAGUAACCGUGGCAGCCGAGGGUCCCUGGGUCCAGCUCUCUGCGAGCACCGCAUCAUGCUGGAGGAGGUGCUGCACCAGCAAAGGAUGCUACAGAUCCAGCACCAACCCCAGCCUCAGGUCCAAGCUGUUCAGACAGGGCCUUCACAGAAUCCCCUGCUCUUUCUGGCCCAGCAUCAGUCCCCAUCUCCUCCACCUACUACAGUGUUUGCUUCCCCCUCCAUGUUUGACACGCCCACCCCUUCCACCCUGCCUUCUCAGCAAGCUUCGGUGGGUUUACAGCACGGCCCCUGGAAACAAACCCUCGAGACUUCCUCCUCCGGCUGCUCCUCAUCCUCCUCAUCCUGCUACGCUUCUUCUCUGUCCCCCGUGGCCUCCGCUGCUUACCUUCUCGAGGCUCGUCUGCACAUCAGCCAGCAAACGCAACCUCGCCCCCACAUCAGCCUCCAGCAGCAGUCCCAGUCUGCAACACACGGCACCUUGCCCAUCAUGUCUAAACCAGCAGGGUGGAGCAAGGGCUCGGCCUCCAGCACAGACCCUGAGGUGCAGGAGUUGGGUCUGGCUGCACAGCAGCAGCUCAGUAGCUGUGUGAUGGUGAAGUAAAGCAUCAGCCAUUGAGACCAGCGAUUGUUCUCUCUGUUGAAGAAAAAAAAUCUUGAUUUUUGAGCCGAGAAGAAAAGAGAGCAGAAGUGAGGAGAAAGAACAAAAAGCAGAUGCAAGUGACAAAUGUACACUUUAUUUAACAACAUGCGGUACACAUAUGAGAAUGUGUCCACACACGUGUGUAUGUCGUGUACACCUUUGAUAUCAUAUAAGCUAAAGACUAAGCAAUAACCAAACUCUGGACAAGGCGUUGAACCAGUAUCAGACAGCCAGAGAAGCAAUAAUAGACUGAAAGACUCUCAUCAGCUCCCUUGAACUAAAUGACAGCUGACGCUAGCCAGUACAGUUAUUUCUCACAUGUUUUCAUUCUGUCUAAGUUAACUAUUUGAUUUUGUUGAAUACAGGAAGGCUCCCUUUUCCUCAUUAUUUUUUAGACACUUCUUGUGUCAUUUCCUGUUCUCGAUGUUUUUCACUGGACUGGACAAAAGACCAAAUUUCUUUUCAUUUUUCCCACUUUGUUUGCCUUUUUAAAGAGAUAUUUCUCUGUAGCCGUGCAAUGAACAUGCAGUAUAUUGCCCUAAGCUUCACCGAAGGAGUUUAUUUUCUAUUGAAACUGUGAUUUGUUUUUUGUUUUUUUUCGUUAUUAUAGCUACGCAAAUGCUACUUUUACCUCAAGUCACAAAAACACUGCUCCAUCCUUAUCAGCCAAAAAUGAAGGAAGAUGGUGUCUGGCUGAUUGAGUAAAGCACAACAGGUACAUCACCUUACAUAUGUGGAUACAAAGACCAUCUUGUUAGAUGCUUUCACUACCUCCGCAGGCAAGAAAAAAACAAAACCUAACGAAAAGUUGUCAAUCCCAGAAUGUCAGAGGAACAACAGUUUUCAUGUGCACAGAACAAUGACUGUGGGAACAGUGCAAUAUUUCACAUUGAAAUACAGACGAAGGAUGAGGCUCUGCAUAGGAUCGUCAAAAUGUACAUAUGCCUGAGGUUUUUUCUGUUACUUUUCAUUUGUCUGUUCGCUGUGCUAGCUAGCUGACUAGAACAAGUACUAGUUAUGUAACAUAAUAACAUGAUACUGUAGAAUUGAUAGAGAACAACUCAAGGCAUUUCAAAAUGCUGUUUCUUCACACAGUUUAGCUUGUAGUUCUUUAACUGAAAGGAAGAAUAUGGGUUUUACCAAAGAGUGAACAGCACAAGAGAUGGGUGAUCUAUCACAGACACUACUGACUUUUCACUUUGAAUGCUGUCUCAAAAUGUAGCAUGGUGGUUAGCGCGCAUAUAUUUCACAUGAUCUCCUAAGCUUUAGCUUUGAGAAAACUCCUGCGUCCAUCAAAUCCAAAUGCUACACAUAUUGUUAAUAUUUCUAGCUUUCACUAUCAGGACCAUGGUGGUAUUCCUUUUUUGUACUUUUCUAGAAAAGAAGAAAAAAAAGAAGAAAAAAAAAAUCAGAACAUAGCAAUACCAUGUUGUGCUUGAACUUGAACUUUCUUCAGUUGUCUAUAAGUAGAAAUGAUCUGCAACAAGCUGGUUUAUUUGUGAGCUCAAUUAGUUCUCUUUUAUCUGAACUUGUUGAAGAGCAGUGUUUUUCCAAACCCAGUUCUGCGUUGGAAACAUGCAGUGUUAAUAUUUUUUUUAUUUUUGGUUGAUUGCACUCACUACCAACACUUGCCUUUGAACAAACUCACGAUCAGAGGUUUGACAUCUCCUAUCGCUACGCAGAAGAAAGAGAGUCGAAAUGCUCCGUUAAUGAACCUUUUUGAUAUCUACUCUGACCUCUCCCUCUCUUCUCUCAAUCUGACCUUUCAACUUGCUGUGGAGACAGAAGCAAGAAUUGCACUUUAUUCAAAUUUUUUUUGUUUCUCAUGAUGAAAAAACUCCACAAAACAAUUGAAACACACUUGAUGCAAAUGUGUAAGAUGACCCUUUUUGAUAAA